AUGACGUUGAAAUCCGAACAAGAAGGAUCGAGACGAGGGAAUCGCCCGGAAGGCUCCCUUGAAGAAGGUUGGAAGCCUGAGGAAGACGUUGAGUUAGUACCCCCCGAUCCUGAUCAGCCAGAGAAGGAGGCGCAGAUCGGCUCGCGCCAGAAUUCAACCAAGAAGGAUCGAGAUGAGGGAAUCCGCCCGGAAGGCUCCCUUGAAGAAGGUUGGAAGCCUGAGGAAGACGUUGAGUUAGUACCCCUCGAUCCUCACCAGCCAGACAAGAAAGCGCGGAUCGGCUCGCGCCUAAGCCCAGACGAGAAGAUGGAGCUGACCAUCUUCCUCCAGAACAACAAAGACAUGUUCGCGUGGUCACCAUCUGACAUGCCUGGCAUUGACCCAAAUAUCAUCUGCCAUCGGCUCCAUGUCAACCCUGCUAGCAAGCCCGUGGUGCAGAAGAGACGCAACUUUGCUCCCGAGCGGGUCGCGAUCAUUGAAGCCGAGAUCGACAAGCUCCUAGCUGCCGGUUUCAUUGAAGAGGUCUCCUACUCGGAAUGGCUGGCUAACGUUGUUCUGGUGGCGAAACAAGAAAAGGGAAAAUGGAGAGUAUGCGUUGAUUACACCGACCUCAACAAAGCAUGCCCUAAAGACAACUUCCCAUUGCCGAGAAUCGACCAGCUCGUGGAUUCAACUUCCGGCAACCAGCUGCUCAGCUUCAUGGAUGCUUACUCCGGCUAUAAUCAAAUUAUGAUGUACGAUGAUGACAAGGCGAAGACCUCUUUCAUCAUCGAAAGAGGGACCUACUGCUACAAGGUCAUGCCCUUUGGGCUGAAGAACGCUGGAGCAACCUACCAAAGGCUCGUGAAUAAAAUUUUCAAGGAGCAGAUCGGCAGAACCAUGGAGGUGUACGUGGACGAUAUGCUGGUUAAAGCCCCCAAGCGGGCAGACCACCUCAAAAACCUCACCGAGGCGUUCAGCCUACUCCGCCAAUAUCGCAUGAAGCUGAAUCCAAGUAAAUGCACGUUCGGUGUAUCGUCUGGCCGGUUCCUAGGGUACUUGGUGACGCAACGAGGUAUCGAGGCACACCCGCGCCAAAUCAAAGCCAUUCUCGAGAUGAAGUCGCCUUCCACAGUGAAGGAGAUACAAAGCCUGACGGGCAGAGCAGCGGCCCUUAACAGAUUCCUCUCAAAGUCUACCGACAAGUGCAGACCAUUCUUCAAAGCUUUGAAGAAAGGACAAAAAGACAAAUGGGACGAAGAGUGCGAAGUAGCUUUCCAGAAUCUAAAGACCUACCUUACUUCACCUCCCUUGCUCUCAAAGCCAGUUCCUGGUGAAGACUUGUUCGUGUACCUGGCAGUGUCCAACUCGGCCGUCAGCUCAGCUCUCAUUCGAGAAGAACUUGGGGCCCAACAUCCGAUAUUCUACACGUCAAAAGCUCUCCUCGAUGCAGAGACUCGUUACCCGAAAUUGGAGAAGCUCAUUUUGGCCCUUGUGGUUUCUGCGAGAAAGCUGCGACCUUAUUACCAAGCUCACCGAGUCAUCGUCAUGACCGACUUUCCUUUGAGAUCAAUCCUCCACAGCCCUGAUGCUUCUCAGCGACUCAUGAAGUGGGCUAUAGAGCUAAGCCAAUACGACCUCCUCUACCGGCCGAAGACUGCAAUAAAAGCUCAAGCCUUAGCAGACUUUGUUGCAGAAUUCACACCAUCAGCCGAAGAAGAGAAGCUGGUCAGCAAAAAGAAGGAAAGUUCGAGAGCAGACAAGACCUCUACUGAACCUGACCAACCCAGAGACAUGUGGCAGUUGCGCGUAGACGGAGCGUCGAACCAGAAAGGAGCUGGAGCAGGCGUCGUCAUCAUCACCCCAGAUGGAACCCUGUUAGAGCAAGCUAUCACGCUUGGCUUCCCGGCUUCAAACAACGAGGCAGAGUACGAGGCGUUGCUCGCUGGCUUGCGCUUGGCAAAGGAGCUAUCAAUCAAAAAGCUGGCCAUCUACUCAGAUUCCCAGCUGAUCACAAGUCAAGCCUCAGGAGAAUACAUGGCGAAGCACCCAAGGAUGAUCUUGUACCUUGACAAAGUUCAAGAGUUGUUGAAGGCGUUUCCCACCUUCACCAUCCAGCAAGUUCCCAGAGCAGAGAACGCGCACGCAGAUGCACUAGCAAGCUUAGGAUCGGCGCUGGAUACCCAGUUCAGACGUUCCAUCCCGGUCGAGCACCUUGACCAGCCUAGCAUAGAGGAGGCAGAGCAGCCGGACCUGAUGCAGAUCGAUGAGGAUCCUAGCUGGCAAGACCCAAUUAUUGACUACCUAGUGAAUGAAAACCUGCCCAAGGACAAGUCCGAGGCCAGAAAAAUCAAGCAGAAGGCUGCAAGAUACUACAUGAAAGGCGACAUGCUUAUCCGCAGAUCAUACUACGGGCCUCAUCUCACUUGCAUCAAGUACCCACAAACGCUCGAGGUUCUCUGCAAGAUACACGACGGCGAAUGUGGAAAUCACGCUGGGGGCAGAUCGCUUGCUCAGAAGGCUCUCAGCAUAGGCUAUUUCUGGCCUACCAUGCGCCAAGACUCCACGGAGUAUGCUCGAAGAUGUGAUCGAUGCCAACGCUACAAGCCGGUCCCUGGCCUGCCCGCUGAGGAAUACCAUCCGCAGAACAGUCCAUGGCCAUUCAUGCAGUGGGCCAUUGACUUGGUGGGACCUAUGCCGACGGCACCUGCCAACAAAGAGAUGAUGAUCGUUGCCACUGAUUACUUCACCAAAUGGAUCGAGGCCGAGGCUUUAUCUUCUACCAAGGAGGCCGAUGUUGAACGGUUCAUCUGGAAGAACAUUAUUUGCAGAUUCGGUUGCCCGCAAUCGAUAGUCACCGACAAUGGUACACAGUUCGUGGGCAGGCAGAUCACCGCAUUCUUUGCGAAGUAUGGCAUCAAACAACACCUGUCAACACCCCGAUACCCGCAAGGCAAUGGCCAAGCAGAGGCAUCCAACAAGAUAGUGCUGGACUGCCUAAAGAAAAGACUGGAAGGCGCAGAAGGAAAAUGGGUCGACGAGCUGCCAGGAGUCCUAUGGGCUUAUCGCACGACCAAAAGGAGAUCGACCGGAGAGACACCAUUUUCCCUGGCCUAUGGGACAGAAGCAAUUAUUCCCCCACACAUCACAGUCCCUUCCAUGAGCAUUGAGGUGGGCAGCCUUGACCAAAACUGCAAGCAGAUGAAAGUCAACCUUGAUCUGCUUGAAGAAGAACGAGAAAAGGCUAUUGUUCGAGUUGCCGCCUACCAGCAGCAGUUGACGUCCUACUACAAUAAGAAGGCUAAGAUAAGACAGUUUCAGCCUGGAGACCUUGUGCUUAGAAAAACUUUCAUCACAGCACCAAGGCAAGGGUCAAAGAAAAUGAAGCCAAACUGGGAAGGCCCCUACGUGAUCAGCCGAUCUGGGGGCAGAGGAAGUUACACCCUUGAUACUCUAGAAGGAAAAGAAAUUCCAAGACAAUGGAAUGCCCACCACCUUCGAAGAUACUAUCCAUGA